GUACUCUUGAUCCUACUAUUGUUCUUCAACUUAGAGACAUUCAGGACUACAAACUCGUGUGUGAAAAGCUUGCGACACUUUUUGGAAAUUUGUCCGUCGUCUCUUAUAUUAUGCAUCAUCGCCAUCAUUUGAAAAGCCCAUUAAAUUAUAGAGGAAAUGAGGAAUAUCUUUGCAAGAGAAUUUACUUUGCUUCACCCAUUGCUGAACAAUUUACUGGUAUUCAACAUGUGAUGUUAUCUCAAUUAAUUCUUCUGACAGAAGAGAUUCAAGAUGAGUUUAUUGACAAAUUUGGUACCCGUCCAAACUCUGAAUUUACUCAAGAAUUUAUGGAAAAAUUUAUUGCGCUUGGUAAGUAUAAGGAGGAAUCCUCUUCGAGUACUGCUUUUGUGUCUACUCGUAGAACUCGUGAUCUUAAUCAUAUUACAUGCUUCAAAUGUCAUAAGAAGGGUCAUUAUGUAAAUGAAUGUCGCCUGAAAAGUGGUAUCCGGAACUGCUAAUCGAGUACAUAUGUGUUGAAAUUUGGAUAAGGUCUAUGGAUGAGAAUGGAACCAUUACUUCUAAGAUAUCGUUAAACGAAUCAUUCGGAAAUUAAGACUCGGUAAUUAGAACUCGGCAAUUAGGGUGAGAGGGCAUUAAAUUCAUUAAGCGGUCCAGAGCCGCUUACUAAUGUAGGAAGCUGGAUAUACAUGGUCUGCUAACCCAUGAAUGUCAAUUUGGAGACACAAAAGGCAAGUGUUAUCGUUCCUGUAUUCUCUACGUCCAAAAUUAAAUCCGUUUGUCUCUUAGACUGAUCUCGAGCCUAUUUGUGCUCUUGCUUGGCGUAAUAGUUGCCAGAAUCGUUUCUACUGUAAGUUGUUGUUACAUUCGCAAAUUUGUGGGGGGUAGUAGGUGUGUCUAGAUAGCUACAAGAAGACCGAAGCGCCCUUUACCUGGAAGUUUGCAGAGUUUGAUUGUGCUGAUGCCUUUGGGAAUUAGUGUUUUGGUUUGAUCAUCAUGAAGUAUGUAUAUUAAAUAGAGAUUAAGGGUUAUAGUUUGUAACUAAACUAAUAUACUAAUAAGCAUAAGUUUACCAAUAUGACAUCCACUCCAAUAAGUAUGCGGAGUAUCC